CGCAUUACUCCUUUCUGGUUUCUUGGGCAGUAUUCCGUGAUGCUGCUCCUAACGGAAACUUGGUCCGUCUCGAGAGCAAGCGCAGGACCCGUGUUUUCAAUUGGCUCCGCCCGAGCGCGCACAUGUGUCCAUCUCUCUCCGACGCGGCCUCCCUUUGUCGGAAGCCACAAAGUAAAACCUACUGCCUCGCGAACCCCCUCGCAUCUUCCACUCCUCUCGGCUCCUGCCACCGCCAAGGAAUCGCUCGUUGCGAUUAGGGUUCUCGUUCAUUUUAACUCACUGCUCGUCGCGUGAGCCGUCGUUGGGAUGCUCGGCAACGGGUACGCAUCCCCGUCAUCGUCCGCUGUCCGGAGGCGGAGGGGCAGGCCGAGUGGGAGCGGCAGUGGCGCCGGAGGUGGAGGAGGAAGGUAUGGCUACUGGCAGCCGUUGUCGCUUCAGCAGCAUGAGCAGAAGAGGCAGCAAGAUCGGAAUCUGGAGGUGCCGCCGCUCACUGAGUUCGACAUGGCCUACUUCCGCGCCUAUUCUCACGUUGGAGUACACGAAGAGAUGAUUAAAGAUCGUGUUCGUACUGAAACUUAUAGAUCUGCUAUCAUGCGAUAUCAACAUUUAAUUUCUGACAAGGUUGUUUUGGAUGUUGGUUGUGGUACAGGAAUUCUUGCUAUAUUGUGUGCUUUUGCAGGUGCUAAAAGGGUGUAUGCAGUAGAUGCAAGUGAAAUCGCAAUUCAGGCUAGUGAAGUUGUCAAAGACAACAAUCUAUCUGACAGGGUGACUGUUUUGCAUGGACGAGUUGAGGAUGUGAACAUUGAUGAGAAAGUUGAUGUCAUAAUAUCUGAAUGGAUGGGCUACAUGCUCUUAUAUGAGAGUAUGCUGCCUAGUAUCAUUUUUUCCAGAGAUAAAUGGCUUAAGCCGGGAGGUCUUAUUCUUCCAUCACAUGCUUCGCUCUUUAUGGCACCUGUCACUAAUACAGAUAGGUACCGUGAAAGCAUUGGUUUUUGGCAUGAUGUUUAUGGGAUCAACAUGUCUGCUAUGAUCCCUCUUGCCAAACAAUAUGCAUUUGAAGAGCCAACUAUUGAGACAAUUUCAGGAGAAAAUGUUCUGACAUGGCCGAUAUUGGUCAAAGAAGUGGAUUGUUACACUGUCACUGCUCCAGAGCUAGAGUCAGUUACUGCAAAGUUCAGUUUUUCUUCAAUGCUACAAGCUCCACUUCAUGGAUUUGCAUUUUGGUUCGAUGUUGUGUUCGACGGACCCACAAUUCAACAAUCAAACCAUGAUCUACAGCCUCCCCCGCCAGAAUGUCAAGAUGGCCUGCAUUCACAAGGUUCUAAUCAAAACAAGAAGCGUGCAAAAUCUGACGAAAGUAUAGUACUUUCUACUGCACCUGAAGAUGCCCCAACUCACUGGCAACAGACCCUGCUGUAUUUGUAUGACCCAAUCGAGUUGAAGCAAGAUCAGAAAAUUGAAGGUUCCAUAACAUUGUCACAGAGCAAGGAGAGCCGAAGAUUCUUAAAUCUUCACUUGGAAUACUCUUCGGGAGGACGAUCUUAUGUGAAAGAGUCGGUGAUGCGAUAAGACGAUUUAAUCUGUUGAUUAACAAGUAUUCAUCUGGUCCAUAAGACGAUUAAAUCUGUUGAUUUACCAGAAGUAUUCAUCUGGUUCCCAUGAAAUGUUUUUAUCUUCAUGGGGCUAAAAGGCUAAAUUGGCCAUUGAGGUUCCACAUCUUGUACUUCGAUGACAAUUUUGUUGUCUAGCUAACUGAUGAGAGAGAUUAUGACUCACCUUGUUCUAAUAUUAGCUUCUGCCUGGAACAGUGUGCUGAGGUAUUGAUUGUGUAGCUUUGUGGGUUUUGUAGAAGUGUAUUCUCAACGAGACAACUUAUUUUAAGAUAAAUGGUAUGAUUUUUCUUUUCUUAAAAUCAA